UAGAAAAUGCGGAUAAUUCUAUACGUUUCCUCAUACCGAUGAUUAUUCUGGCAUUGUGCUUUUUGCUCUUACUUGGCGUAAUCAUAUACCAGCGUCGCCUUCUUCUAAAUAGAAAAAACGAGUUUGAUGGCAAUAAAGAACCUAAGAUUGGCAACAAAUAUGUGAAUGAAGGGAACAGUGUAUACGAGACUCCAGAUGAUGUUAUUGAAAAAAUUGAGCGAAAUGAGGGUGCAUGUGGGAUGGCCAAAGGACAUGAAUCAUCGGAUUACAUGUCGUUAAAAGACAAAAGAGAACCAACAAACGUUUAUCAGGCAUUGCAACCCCAUGGCACGAAUGAUGGUCAAAGUCAUUCUAAGGUACGUAACGACCCUGAAAUGCGGAAGUUCAAGGAGCAUUCGUGAUUUAUCAUCUUUCGUCUAAGCUCAAAUCGCUUGAUAAAAGGCAAGAUGUCUUGGUUAUUUCAUCGAUGGUUAGUUUUAUGUGGUGUGUCACUAGUGGUGAUUAAAGGUUGUCGCUGUUUUUUUCUCAGACACACCAGUUCUGGAAAGUGUAUUGCAGCUGCAAAAGUCCCUUAUAGGGACAAUAGAUACGGGCGUGUAUAUUGGGCUGAGCUAUUGGAUUGCUUGGAUUUUAGUGCUCAAUUACGAUAUUUACGGGGUAAAGAGGUGUUGCACAACAUAGCGAGGAGCGGCUCGCUAUUGUUUGGCGAAGGCAGUAGCUUCAAACAACGCAUGGUCGCUUAUGACGCCAACCCGAUAGAGCUUCCAACUUGGGAAAGUGAUCCUCGACAUAGAAUGAGACAAAAUGCUGCUGGAUCUUUAUUUUUUUACGAUAGCAAGACUGACUCAUGUGCUCAGGCUGAUAAUAGUGAGAAAUUUAUCAUGCGGAAAAAGAAUGGGUGCAACGAUACGGAAGAACAACAAAAGUUCACUUUUGGUUCAGUGACGCAGUUUGGCAACAAAAUGAAAGAUGUUCAUUGUUCUCCAAUACAACGUAUGCUGAUCCGCAAAGCUCAUUAUGGUGAUUUCAAUAAUAGCGGGACAUUUAAUGCGAAUGCAGCUAUUGAUAUCCAGUGUAGUGGAUUGACAAGUUGUCAGGUAAAACCUCUUUGUGGUGGAAACAGAUCUUGUGAAUUGACCGUUGACAAUAAUUUACUGUCACCAUUUUGUUCUGAUACCACAAAACAACUUUACAUCGAGUACAUUUGUGUGGACAACUAUCCUAACCUUAUAACAACAGCGUCCAACAUAAGACUAUCAAAGUCACCCAACGAAGGUUUCAUUGAAGUGAAGAAUGACACAACGUGGAGAAAAAUUAUUGAGGAGAAUUGGGAUAAAGAUCGUCAAAAAAUGUUGUGUAAACACUUAGGAUUUAGCGAAACGAGCGCUAAUCCUAUUAGAACCAUGGAGAUAACUGCAAAUGAAGAAAUUGCAUCUGGAGAUUUGGUGUGUUAUAACACAGGAUCUGGUGGAACAUCCUGUUGUGUCCAUCUUGUUCCCUCUACAACCACUGCAAAGGUUGACAUAACAUAUGCUGAGUGUAAGAUUUGUGACAAUCAGUUACUAAACAAUGAAAGUACUUUUCCUGAUAACAUAUUUCGUGGCAAUGGAGGUAAUAGUUUUUACGAAGCAAGGUUUACUAAAGGUGGCUGGUGUUCCUCGACUUCUGGCUCAUAUCUCACCAUCGAUCUUCAAAAAGAAUAUCACAUAACACGAGUUUUAGUCAUAGGUGAUAAAGAUCAGACAAAGUGGAGUAGAUCAUAUUCACUGAAAUACAGUCAUAAUGAAAGUUUGGUGGAUAGCAGUCGUGUAGUACAGAUUUUAGGAAACACGAACGGUUAUCAAGCAUCGACUACAGACGUUGAUAUUUAUAAUGCGAGAUUUCUGAAGAUAGAAUCAACUGGAAACACAGACUUUUGUCUCAGAAUAGAACUGUGUGGACUGGCCCAAAAGCCAGUUUCUGUUUCGGACAUUCAAAUCACAACUUUCGAGAGAUCAGCUCGUGUGACUUGGAGUAUUGAGACCUCCCCAAAAGCCUCGAGUUACAUAACAAAGCUUGAAAUAUAUUUAAACGAUGACCACCGUGGAACAGUUUUCCGAGGAAAUUCUUACCAGUUUGAUAUCAGUAAUCUAACGCCAUUCACUAAUUAUACUGUUGGAAUUGAAGCCGUUGAUGGUUCUUCAGAGAGUAGCAGAAUAAAUACAGACUUUGAAACUAAAGAAGCAGUUCCUAGUGGUCCUCCACUGGAUGCAAAGUUUGAAUCUCGCGGUAAAACUACACUACAAUUAUCUUGGAUGGAUCCACGAUCGUAUCUGCAUAAUGGAAUACUGACUGGCUAUCAAGUUUGUUAUUCCUCCGAAACAAUAUCAACUAGUCCGAAAUGCAAUGAAACAAAAACGACAUUGUCUUUCACCAUCGAUGAUCUUCGACCUUCCACAAAGUACUUUGUAACUGUUGCGGCUGGUACAAGUGCUGGUUUUGGAAACAAGAGUGGAGAAAUCAAUAAAACGACAAAUGGAGAUCCUGUAAAACCUGUGGCAAACUCGUCUUCAAGCCUGAAUAUAAACCUCAGCAAACCAGACAAAUAUAUUCAAGACAUGAUUAUCAUCGUGCAAACUGCUGAGAACGUGCUCGAACCGGUGGAAGAAGUUAAAACAAGCGAUCUUAAACCUUAUCAGUCAAACACUCAAGAUGCUUACAUCACCGCUUAUUUGAAAACUGAUGUUCUCCCUUCAUCGUUUGUGAUCGGUGAUGGCAAAGAAUAUAACUCAAAAACCGUAACAUACGUUAACCAACCUCUUCAAACAAACUCAAGUUACAACGUGUUCUUAAGAUUCUUUGAAAGUCAGGGGUUCUUUUACUCGACAGAAUGGAGCGAGAGUGUCAAAACUAUGGCAAUUCCGCCAGCUCCAGUCAUCUCAAAAAUCACGCCUACUGGUCGUAAUGAGUACAAUAUUUCAUGGUAUCAACCCUCGUUGCCAGAUCAGCAAACUGUCUUGAAGUAUCAUGUCAACUACAGUGCUUCGAGUGAACCAACGAAACGGUCGACUGUCCCGAAAGAAAAUAAAUUUAUCAUUAUUGUUGUCGAUUAUGAUAAACAAUACACUAUUAACGUACGAGUUGAAACUGAGGCUGGACAAAGUGUGGCAACUUUGAAAUCAUGGUUGUCUCUUUCAAAGCCCUUGGAGAUCCCAAAGAGAUUGGAUGACGGUUACACAGUGAUAUUACGAAAACCAAAAGAGAAAAAUAUAAGAAUGGUCGCUCUUGUAUUGCUUCUGUCAGACUCCAGUGAACCUCCAGCACCAGAAUCCAUCAAGAUAAAAAGUUCAAUUCCUUCAGAAACGAAGACCGGGGACGCUUUUAUUGCUAAGGAGUUUACUAUUGGUGAUUUCCAAGGUGAUGAAAUAGAAAUACUCCUUAGAAAGUUUAAGGAAAACAGAAGAAGAAAAAGAGAAGCUGUUCAGGUUGAAGCAUUGAAGCCGAAGGUUAAAUAUAGAGCAACACAAAUGAAUACAGACGAGUUUGGGAAUCGCACCUGGUCAUACUGGAGUGAAGAAUUUGGUGCUGUCACAGCUCCUAGUGGACCGCCGCUGAAUGUCACCUUCAUAUCUCGUAGCAAGACCUCGCUGGGAAUUUCGUGGAAAGCUCCAGUUGAAAGUACACGAAAAAGUAAAUUUACAGGAUAUCGAGUUUGUUUCUUUACAAAUGAUACGUCUCCAGAAUGCCUCAUCCUUAAAAGCCCUAAAGUUUUUUCCCUUGCUCUCAAAAAUCUUCGACCUUCCACGAAAUACUUCGUAACAGUUUCGGCCAGCACAGAACAUGGUUACGGAGAGAAGAGUCCGGAAGUCAGUAAAAUAACCAAUAAAGGGCCCGUCAAUCUAAUCGCAACCUCGUUUUAUACUAUGACCGUUAACAUACCAAAACAACAGGAAUACAUAAAAGAAGUUAUGGUCAUCGUGAAAAGUUCUGCGAAUGAUCAAGUUUCAAGCGAAGGCAUCAAAACAAGUGAUCUCAAAAAUUUCCAGUCAAACACACGGGAUCCAUACAUCACUGCUUAUUUGAAAGCUGAUGUUUUACCCUUGACGUUCGUAAUAGGAGAUGGCAAGAGUUACAGUUCUGAAGACAAAAAUUACCACAACCAACCUUUAACGGCAAAUUCAAAUUAUGUUGUGUUCUUAAGGUUUUUUGAAAGUCAAGAUUCAUACUACUCGACAGAGUGGAGUGAUAGUAUUUACACAAUGGCAAAACAUUCAGAAUUAGGAAAUGCGGAUAACUGUAUACGUUUCCUCAUACCGAUGAUUAUUCUGGCACUGUGCUUUUUGCUCUUACUUGGUGUAAUCAUAUACCAGCGUCGCCUAAAUAGAAAAAACGAGUUUGAUGGCAAUAAAGAACCUAAGAUUGGCAACAAAUAUGUGAAUGAAGGGAACUCGGUAUACGAGACUCCAGAUGAUGUUAUUGAAGAAAUUGAGCGAAAUGAGGGUGUACGUGGAACAGACAAAGGACAGGAAUCAUCGGAUUACAUGUCGUUAAAAGACAAAAGAGAACCAACAAACGUUUAUCAGGCAUUGCAACCCGACAGCACGAAUGAUGGUCAAAGUCAUUCUAAAAUGGGUGGUCAAAAUCCUGUGGAAUACCAAAAUCCUGUCUUUAGUGCAGAUCCUAAUGCUGCAUGAUUAAUGUUUGAAGUAUAUAUAUAUAAUGUAUACCUAUUCUGCUAGAUGUAAAAUUUUUGGUAAUUAUAUAAUUUAAUGGAUGCCGGGUUAAUUAUAUGAAGGGGUUAUUAACGGCUAUGUGCCUAAUAAUAAUUCGUAUCGAUUGUGUAACGAACAAUAUAUAUCGUAUAUCGAUAUUUUUAUUGGACUAAAGGAGUCUCUGUAAAUAUUAUAUGUUUCCUUAUAUUAAAA